GCAAUGUGGUACAAAGUUGAGGCCCUUAUCUUCCCGCGGAAAGCUCUUUUACAGUUCAACCAUGGCGUCCAUUUCAGCUACUGGUUCUCUACUCAAAUUCCCAGCUCUACUCCUCCGCAAUUCUCUGAAUAUGAGUUGGCGCGGACCUCAUUUACUUCACUAUCCACUGGAUUCCCUCCCUUCUUCAUCUUCCGGAGACAUUACUGAGGGAUGUUUCAAGCUAGCAUUUGACAGGAGGGCAGUGGUUCUCUCGUCCUUUGGCCUACUCGCUGGAGCCUUGUUGAAUGUCGCAGCAGAUGAUGGCGUAGCUGUGGCAUCUGAAUUUGCUGAUAUGCCAGCUCUUAGGGGGAAGGAUUAUGGCAAGACUAAGAUGAAAUAUCCGGACUAUACAGAGACAGAAUCCGGUCUUCAAUAUAAGGAUUUGAGAGUGGGGGAAGGUCCCUCGCCAAAAAUUGGAGAUACAGUUGUGGUUGAUUGGGAUGGCUAUACAAUUGGGUACUAUGGCCGCAUAUUUGAAGCCAGAAAUAAGACAAAGGGUGGUUCUUUCGAGGGUGAUGACAAGGACUUCUUCAAAUUCAGGUUAGGAUCUCAAGAGGUGAUUCAAGCAUUUGAGGAAGCUAUCAAGGGCAUGGCUUUGGGUGGGAUUAGAAGGAUUAUAGUGCCUCCAGAGUUGGGAUAUCCAGAGAAUGACUAUAAUAAAAGGGGUCCAAGACCGACGACCUUCUCUGGGCAACGAGCAUUGGACUUCGUGCUGAGGAACCAAGGAUUGAUAGACAAGACUCUUUUGUUUGACAUUGAGCUUCUGAAAAUCAUACCAAACACAUCAGUUUAAGGUUGCUGUGUCACAAAUGCUGCUCAGUGAACAUGGAGGUUUCUUUUUUAUCCUAUUGUAUAUGCUUAUGGUAUCACUAUUUGAUUGGCAGAGGCUUUUACAGCCUUAUCAUUUACAGGGCUCCUUACAUUUUACAGGGAUUUGAGAAGCUGUGAGAUUCUUUGCUUAAUGGUAUUUUAUCUCAUUGCCCCCUAGGAAUGUAUAGAGGAAUCACAUAUGUAUUGUAUUAUCAUAAUUUUCAAUUUUCAAUCACUACUUUUUUC